GUUAUGCGUUUAAUCUCGCAGGUGAACGAGUGUAUCCCAGGUUCCUUUAGUACUCAUAAAUAAUGAAGAGCAAGUUUUACCGGACGGAUCUGAACAAGACAGUAUGGGAAGUGCCAGAACGUUACCAAAUGUUGUUCCCGGUGGGCUCUGGAGCCUACGGCCAAGUGUGUUCCGCGGUCGACGCUUCGACUAAAAACAAGAUCGCGAUAAAAAAGUUGGCUCGUCCGUUCCAAUCCGCAAUCCACGCGAAACGAACUUAUCGCGAAGUGAAAAUGCUCAAGCACAUGCAACACGAGAACGUCAUUGGUUUGUUGGACGUGUUCACGCCUGCGGAAACGCUGGACGAGUUUGACGACUUGUACCUCGUCACGCAUUUGAUGGGCUCCGACUUGAACAAUAUCAUCAAGACGCAGAAGUUGUCGGAUGAUCAUGUGCAAUUCCUAGUGUACCAGAUUCUUCGCGGGCUCAAGUACAUACAUUCUGCCGGUAUCAUUCACCGCGACCUCAAGCCGUCCAACAUUGCUGUGAACGAGGACUGCGAGUUGAAAAUUCUUGACUUUGGGCUCGCGAGGCAUACCGAACAAGAAAUGACCGGCUACGUCGCUACACGAUGGUACCGAGCGCCGGAGAUUAUGCUUAAUUGGAUGCAUUACAAUCAAACGGUAGACAUUUGGUCUGUAGGGUGUAUAAUGGCUGAGCUGCUGACCUCGAGGAACCUGUUCCCUGGCACAGACCACGUAGACCAGUUGAUGCGAAUCAUGGUGCUUUGCGGAACACCCAGUGACGAACUCUUGAACAAGAUCACGUCUCAAGAAGCCCGGAACUACAUCAAAUCCCUGAAGGUGAUGAAGAAAAAGGACUUCAAGCAGGUGUUCAAAGGUGCGAAUCCACUCGCCAUUGACCUGUUGGAGAAAAUGCUGGAGCUGGACGCUGAAAUCCGGAUCACGGCGGAACAGGCCCUUGCUCACCCGUACCUGGCCCAAUAUGCGGACCCGUCCGACGAACCCGCGUGUGACGUCAUGUACGAUCAGGCCUAUGAAGACAAGGAAUUGCCCGUGGCUGCCUGGAAAGAACUCGUCUGGCAAGAGACUGUUUCUUUCGAUCGCACUGCGGUGAAACGUAGCGAUUGAUAUUUUUAAUUUCCCUCACCCCUUGAACCCAAAACAGCAGUGUUUUGAUUGAUUGAUUCUUCUCCUCCUCCUUUCCCGGAAUGCGUAAAUUAUUUCUUGUUAGCUUCCAUGAAAUGAUGAUUCCGUCGCGAGUGAUCCUGUUUUUACCACUACCGAGAUUUGCGUUUCACCGGUCUAAUAGUUUUUAUUUUAUUUUUUUGACGUACAUUAACGUAAAAAAAGUGUCCCUUUAGUUCCGUGACGCUCAGCAUUUGGGUUAGGUUGUGUUGAAAGCCCGUGCGAAUGAAUGUUAAAUAGUCGGUCAUCGAUAUUAAUCGCCCCGGGGUUUCUCAGAAUUUUCAGCUGGUUUCCAAAUAUUCAUUUUUUUUUGGUCAAAUUUCCCGAAGAUAUGGCGUCGUCUCAAAUGUUCCAAAUAUUCAUUUUUUUUUUGUUGGUCAAAUUUCCCGAAGAUAUGGCGUCGUCUCAAAUGAGCGGCGAUCAAGGAACAAAUGUGGUCAACUGGGGAAGAGCUCGUCGUGUUUUUCAAAAGCCGUGCUGUCCACAAGAAUUCAAACUUUAUUGAAUAAUUAGGAUCAUUGAAUGAGGAUUCAUCUCAAAAUUCUUGGUUUGCUUCGAUAUCAUAAUGUAGUCUGGGCAGAGCAAGUGUCUCUCGUGUAACUGGUAUUCGAAGGUUAGGUACGUCGGAAGGUUUAGAUUGAUUUUCAAUGGAUUUCUGCACGUUGUGCAAAUAUCUUCCAAGAUUUCUUGUGAAAUUGUUGUAAAUGUCCUGUUUUUUUUAACGAAAUUUGAUAUUUUCUCAAUCUGUGGGUUUCAGAUAAUUUGUAAGUUUUUUGAAAGGCGAGUUCUCGAUGCUUCUUGCAUUUUUAAAAUCACUCUGACAUUUGUUUUGGAAUGAGUAGUGCAAGUAUUGAUCGUAUCAGAAUCGGUGUUCAGUGGUGUGCACAUGCUUUGAUUGAUCGUUAUUCACUCACUUGAAUCGCUGCGAUUUCAGGAAGGAAGAUUUUUUGUGAGUCCUGCAUAGACAUCAGUAUUUUUCAAAUGCAUUCAGCAACAGGACAUUGCUUACUCACUGUCGAGAACUGCGAGGACUGUUUCUUUUGGAUGCCGUGCAAUGAGAACGUGGUCUAGUUACCAAGAUUGAUGAACUUAGAAUUGGAAAAGAGGCGCACUCGAAGCAGCCCCUGAACAGCCUGAUUUACUCGAAGGCAAAUUUUGCAAUGAUAACCAGCCUCAGGAUAUAUUGCACUGCUGUAUAUUGUCAUUGUACUGUUUCUCAGGGGACAAGUUAUCAAGAGAAAUGGCUGGACUGAGUGGAAGCUUUGAUGAGAUUCGGGGGGAAAAUAAUUGGUGAAUUAUGGAAUUUCUCUGUAGGCCAGAAAUGUAUUUCUUGCUGGAGGAUUUAUGUGUUCGCACGCUCUGCUGCAAUUUCUGAUCAUAACAUAAUACUUUAUUUGCUUGAGUACCUCAUGCACGUUUUUUUCUUUUUCAAAAUUGAGAGGAAGGUGCAUAGGUUAGGCAGAUUUGAAAUUUUCAAGGAACUUCUUGGAGCGCACUAUACUCAAUACCAAUUGGAAAUUUCAACCAAAGAACUUUCAAUUGAAACAGUUGAAAAUUAAGAGAAUCCAUGUCUAAUUGUUGAGUCAUUUUUUUAGGUUUUGAACUUCCUUGAGGAUAGUAUUUCAACAAAAGUUUUAGGCUGAGAAAUCUGUGUGCGCAUUGUACUUGAGGGUGUGCGGAACUUGAGUAAUUAUGGUAAUGUAUGUCAAUGCUGAAUUUUUCGAAAUAUCUGUGGAGUUGAAAUGGUUUCCUCCAAAAUGGCGCUGGGUAAUGUGGAAAAUCCCAAUUAAAUACUAUCCUUUGUGUGUGAGCAUCACUUCUUCCUGUAAUUGAAAGUUCAAAUCUGGGUUGGCACAACAUUCAGAUUGUUUAAGCGCAAAAUUCCUUUUUCUAAUUGUUAAUUUGAUCGUUCGAAUCAAAUGAGUACAGCUACUAUAUUCCUGGUACUGUACUUGCCCAGCUUUGCCCUCAAGGUUAUAUUAGGCAAAUGUAAGCCCUGGUUUACAUUGUAUUGACAAAGAAUAAGCUGCUUACGUUUGUACCUCCAUUUUCUCAGCAAAUGGAAAAAAAUGUUCUUUUGUUUAUGAUUUAUUCAACUCCAUGACAAACAAUCUUGACCUUGCUUAUCAUUGCGGGUGGUAUGAAUCGAGUGGCCUGAACUGACACAGUUUCCCCAGUUGACUCGCUAGUGACCUCUACCUCUCGGAAAACGAAACUUCCCCUAGCGUCGCAUCUCCUGCGUAGUCUUGCCGCGAGCAGGAUUUUAUACGAAACGAGAAAAAUAUCCGUCGCAUUCGUAUUCUUCCGAGUUCAACCGCGGUGGUUGUUCUUAUUCGCGUAGCGCGAUGUUAGGAAUAUUUUGUACAUAGUGGCUAACACAAAAAAAAAAGAAAAGAAAUGAUCGCAUGUUACGAUGCGCUCAGUCGCUUCUGCUCAGCUAGGCGCUAUGGAUGAGAAAGGUGCUUUCAGGUGCGUGUGAGUGCGGAUGAUCCGGACGAAAAUACACGGAUUUUUUUUUUCCA